AUGGGGGUCUUGGCCAAGGAAAUGGCAAAGGCUCUGUGGGAGUCCAUGGAAAUAUUGAGAGCCGAACAAGCAGCUAAGACCAUUGAAGGGGAGACAAGAGCUUCCUUCCUGAAAAAGGAGUUCUUUCGUUCUAAUCCUAUCGAGUAUAGUGGCGAGCCCGAUUCGAUGAAAGCUAACAAGUGGCUAGAGCAAAUAGUCAAGUCUUUUGAAAUCUUAGACAUCCGAGAACAUGAGUUGCGAGUGGCGUUGGUGGCCUACCAACCGAAGGGAGAGGCAGGGCAGUGGUGGAAAUCCAUUAAGCACAGGGUUGAACAUACUUGGGAAGCAUUUGUGCAAGCUUUCCAUGGAAAAUUCCUCCCUCCCACAGCUAAAGAACGAUUGAAGAAACAGUUUGAGCAACUAUUACAACUAGAUACACCAGUGGCGGAGUAUGAGGCUAAGUUUACUAGCUUAUCUCAUUUUGCACCCGAAUUAGUGGCUACAGAAGAGCGUAAGUGCCUUGAAUUUGAGAAGAGGUUGAGGCCGAAGAUCUUGAUGAAGGUGGUUGGCAAUAUGAUCCAUGACUAUGAUCGUUUAGUUGAAGCGAUAGCCCAUGUGGAGAUCACUGUGGAGGCCGAAGAGGCAAGGCAAAAGUCAAAGAGAGAAGGACAGUCUGAUACCAGGAGUGCCACGGGUUCUUCCAAGAGGUCCAGGGGUUUGUCAUCAUCUUGGAAAUCCCCUCCACAACAAGUUAAAUCUUCAAGUUCUGUGUCGGCUGGUAGUUCGGGAAACAUGCCCCGAGUUAUCAGUGCAUGUUAUAGGUGUGGCCAAAUAGGUCACAAGGUAGCGGAGUGUGGACAGAAAGGUGGAGCACGGUCUCAACCUGUGCAUCCACAAAGUCAAUCUCAAAAUAGGAGCCAACCACAUUCUUGUUACCAAUGUGGACAACCUGGACAUUUGAAGAAGUUCUGUCCGCAGAAAAUAGGGGUUUCAGAGGUGGCAGGAUCUAGGCAGUCUGGAGGUUUACAGACGGGUCAGGGCAGAGGCAACCAUAUCAGUCGGUUCAAUCAGGACAAGCAUCUAGAGCAGUUCAAGGAACAACAUCUGCUCAAUCCACAUAACAAGCUUAUGUUCUGA